AUGAGUCCGACUUGUUCGUUCAUCAGAGGGUUUAAAUGAAGGUGAAAACAGGUUAAACUUCUGCAGUGCUGUCGCAUGGGUGUGCGUAAAACAGCCACCCAGAGAAGCGCAGUGACAGUAACAGCUUCUCUCUGGUCACUUCUCAUGCAGAGCGCGUCUGCGGAGAGUACCGCCGGGGCUCUGUGCGUCCUUCACACUCUUAAUACGUGAGGACAGUCAGCCAAAAAAAAAAAAACCCCGAGCUGAAAGUGUGGAAACAUUAUCUUUUCGCUCUUAGUAUUUUUUGUGGACAAUCGCCCGGAGUGUGGUGGUGGUGGUGGAGGGAAUCGAAUAUCUGAUCGGAAACUCAGCGCACCCGGCUGCUAUCACGCUGUAAGGAGGCACCAGGAAACUGAAGAGGGGGGGGGGAGACAACGUGUUGUGAAUACAGAUGAGAGCAACUAUUGACACCUAAGCCCACCAGUCUGCUGCGCGCUUGGACAAAGCUAAAAGGGACAUCGCUGCGAAGGAUCCAGCUUUUUAUCGGUCCAUCAAUCCAGGCUGUGAGUCAUCCACUAUCCAUAGAUGCUUAUUUCUUAGCUCAGUGUCUUCACCAUAUCUUUUUUUUUUCUUUUUUUUUUUUUUUUUUUUUUUUUUGCUCCAUCCCGGGAGGUGAAAACUGGCUGCCUGCCAUCGGUUCUCCUCGAAGCGCGCAGAAAACCAAUACAUCUGCCCCCUCCAAAAUAAAAAUCAAAAAAAAAAAAAAAUCAGGCGAGACCCGUCUGUGGCUCUGACAUGCUGUAAGUUGUUUUCAUCUGGACUGGACCUAUAUUAUGGCUUCGCUGUAUCAGAGAUUCACUGGGAAAAUCAAUACCACCAAUUCCUUCCCGCACCCACCUGAGGCCAGUCACCUUCUCGGUGGACAGGUUGCAGACGAGGAAAACGCAGCGAAGACCCUUCAGCAAGUCGGCGACGGCAGACCUCACGUCCAGUACCGCAAAAAAUGCUUGAAGGAGGAUGAGGAUGACCUGGUGGGAAGUGCUCCGCCACAGAGGAACUGGAAAGGAAUAGCCAUCGCUCUGCUGGUCAUCCUCGUCAUCUGUUCCCUGAUCGUCACCUCCGUCUUCCUGCUGACCCCUCGUGAAGAUGACAGCCUCGCCAAUAAGAAGAAAGUGACUGUAGAGGAUGUUUUCGGUCCAGACCUUCACAUUCAUGAUCCUGAUGCCAAAUGGCUCAGCGGCAAUGAGCUGCUGUACCGUGAAAGAGAUGGAGAUGUUGUCAGGCUUAAAGUUGACACACGGAACAGAACUGUUAUCGUGAGGAACCAGUUGUUUGACAGAUCCAGAGCUGUCAAGUACCAAGUGUCCCCUGACAUGAAGCACGUGUUGUUUGCCUUUGAAGUGAAACCGAUUUACCAACACUCCUAUCUGGCCAAGUACAUUAUUUACAGCCUUUCGACACAGGAAACUUGGCCUCUGAACCCCCCUGAAGUGCAUGAAGCUGUCCUGCAGUUUGCUGGAUGGGGACCCCAAGGCCAGCAGCUGAUCUUCAUAUUUGAAAACAACAUCUACUACAGAUCAAAAGUAGAGAACCGAUCGAUCCGCCUGGUUUCCACUGGUAAAGAGGGAGUCGUCUUUAAUGGCCUUGCUGACUGGCUGUAUGAAGAGGAGAUCCUGCAGACUCAUGUAGCCCACUGGUGGUCUCCAGAUGGGCUGCGUCUGGCUUACAUGACCAUCAAUGACACGCUGGUGCCCAAGAUGGAAGUUCCCUUUUUCACAGGAAUGCCUUACCCUGCCAGCUUGGAGUAUCACUACCCAAAGGCUGGGGAGGAAAACCCUGUAGUGCACCUGUCAGUGGUGAGCCUCAACGGUCCCUUGCACACCGUGGUGAUGAAGAAACCCGAUGACCCCCGUAUAGGGAGAGACUAUUAUAUCACCAUGGUGAAAUGGGCCACCAGCACCAAACUGGCUGUCAACUGGCUGAACAGAGCCCAGAACAACUCUAUCCUGACACUGUGUGAGGCAACAACUGGAGUCUGUAUUAAGAAACACGAGGAUGAGAGUGAGAGCUGGUUGCACAGACAGAACGAAGCUCCACUCUUUUCCCAAGAUGGACACAAGUUUUUCUUCACCAGAGCAAUCCCUCAGGGUGGGAGAGGAAAGUUUUUCCACAUAUCUAUGUCCACCUCUCUGCCUAACACCAGCACAGACAUACUUCAGUCUCUGACCUCUGGAGACUGGGACGUCACCAGCAUCUUGGCCUACAAUCAUGAAAGGAACCUCAUAUACUUUCUGAGCACAGAGGAUGAUCCCAAACGACGGCACUUGUACAGUGCUGACACAAUCCCUCCAUUCAACCGCUGCUGCCUGUCUUGUGAGUUCAACUGCGGCUAUGUGGAUGUUUCAUUCAGCCACAACAUGCAGUACUUCUUACUCUACUGUAAAGGUCCAUAUGUACCCAGUGUGGCUAUAUAUAGCACGGUGGACAAACAGAAGGUGUAUGACGUGGAGAUGAAUGAAAGGGUAAACCACACGUACAACAACAUGCAGAUGCCCAAAGUGGAGAACAAGACCAUCACCAUAGACGACUACACUCUGACAAUGCAGAUUCUGAAGCCAGCUGGAUUUGUGGAUACAGCUCAUUACCCCUUACUGCUGCUGGUGGAUGGCACGCCUGGCGGGCAGAUGGUGUCGGAGCAGUUCCAGGUGGACUGGGCCACAGUUCUGGUCAGCAGCUACAGCACCAUCGUUAUCCGCUUUGACGGCCACGGCAGUGGCUUCCAGGGCACCAACUUUCUCCACAAAGUCCGCAGGAAACUGGGUAAACUCGAGGAGAGGGACCAGCUGGAGGCACUCAGGUUCAUAUCCAAAGAGCCUUACAUUGAUAAGACUCGGAUGGGAGUUUAUGGAAAGGCCUAUGGAGGAUAUUUAGCCACGAUGCUUCUGAGCUCUGAGGAGUUUAACCAACUUAAAUGUGGAACAGCAGUCUCCCCUAUCACAGAUUUUGAACUAUAUGCAUCUGCAUUUUCAGAACGAUACCUCGGCUCAAAGACAGAUUCCCGAGUAUAUACGAUGGCAAAUUUAGCACACAGAGCCGGUCAACUUCUGCAGAAGCAGUAUUUGAUAAUUCACCCAACUGCUGACGAAAAGGUUCACUUCCAGCACACGGCCAAAUUUAUCAAUCAUUUAAUCAGCGAGAAGGCCAAUUACACUCUACAGAUCUACCCAGAUGAGGGACACUUCCUACACAGUGAUGGGACACAGCAGCACCUAAGCCAGUCCCUGGUUAACUUCUUCGAGGAGUGUUUCCGAGUGCCGGAGGUACCGACGGAGCAGCAGGAAGAAGAAGAGGACGACAGUUAAACCCGCCCCUCUGAGCAGCCCACAACCAGCUACUACAGCACAAUAUGCAACAGAUAUUUCUAACCCACCCAAUCAACCCACACCACCUGCUGUCCAAUCCGAUUUUAGCUCCACCCUGAUGUGCAGCACCUGCAUGUGCAAAGAGGCCUCGGCCUACACCCCCCUCUCUCUCCUCAUCUUGUGAUGGCUGCUGGCAAGGAAACCAGCCAGAAAGACAGAAUGAAUCUCAGACAUGAGCAGUCUAUAUCUCUAUCUCUGCUAUUGGAAUAUAUGGACUAUCACUCCCUCUGGUGGACAAAUAGAGGAUCAACCUUGAGCAACGAGUCUUCAAAUGAGGCACAUUAAUCGAGCACUUUGCAGCACAAAAUAUCCCCUGUGAUGAUCAGUUCAUUAUGUUGAGAUUUAACUUUUGAAAGGCUAGUUUCUGAUAACCUUGCCGACCAACUUACUGAUUACUGUGUUCAUGAGUAUUAUUACUGCUACUUGUUUCUCAGAAUUUCUCUGUUCAGUGUCGUGUCUAUGAGUGGACGUCUGGCUGCAUCAGUUCUUAGUUGCUUUACAAAACGAGGGCACAACUUUUAACUUGUGUUGUACUCCAGAAAACAGAAGUGUCUAUACAAAACUGGUAUGAAAUCAUAUUUUCCCUCCUCAUAUUUCUGAAUUGAACUCUUGUUCUUUUAGUCACUGUGCCUUACUGUGGGUGAAAUGUUCAUGUUAGGAGCCCACAUGACACUGGAAAUGGGUAAAUACGGUGAGGCCAUGUCUGAACUGUGUGUACUCUGCUGAUAACUCAAAAACCAGAUCAUGAUUUCAUUUCCCUCAAACGAUAGCGAGGGGUGUUUAGAUCACAAGGUGUGGCGCAUUUUAUCUUAAAACAUGGAAAGUAUUGAGUACAAAACAAUUGUAUGUCUGCUUGAAAGACUGACAAAAAAUGUAAAAGUGUUUAGUUUGCAAAUGCAGUUCUUGAUAUUUACCGUACAAACUGGCAUACUGGUGAGUUAACUGCUGAAUUUUCAUUAUUUUGUGAAUUACUUUGUGUGUUAAAUGGCUUGACUCUCUCCCCAUGUCACUUCUGUUAGUAUUGUCAGUGGUUUCUAGUCAGCUGAUGUACAAAGUGUAUAAAUCUUAAAUUGUUUAUGUCUUUAUGUUGUAUGUGCAACAUGUAUAUAAAGCAUUUUGAAAUGUA